AUGGACCAAGGAGGUCGUGGUGGCGGAGGAGCGGAGCAAGGGAAGUACCGAGGAGUUCGAAGACGGCCUUGGGGCAAAUACGCGGCGGAGAUACGAGAUUCAAGGAAACAUGGUGAACGUGUGUGGCUUGGAACGUUCGAUACCGCCGAAGAAGCGGCUAGGGCGUAUGACCAAGCUGCUUUCUCCAUGAGAGGCCAAGCCGCGAUUCUGAACUUCCCUCAUGAGUAUAACAUGGGGAGUAGCGGGGGCGGCGGCUCUUCCGCGGCCACGGUGGCUGGAUCUUCCUCCUCAUCAGUCUCCGCUUCUUCUUCUAGGCAAGUUUUUGAAUUUGAGUAUUUGGAUGAUAGUGUUUUGGAGGAGCUCCUUGAGCAUGGAGAGAAACCUGACGAGGGCAAGAAGAAGUGA